CCUCAUCUUCUUCAAACAUAACCAGAACAAAACGAAUAGUGCAACCAUAAACUCUUAUCCAUUGUUAAUUCCCACCAUCAACAACACAAAAAAUGCUUCUUUCAUAUCAAAAACACACUCUUUACCUCCCUCAUUCUUCUAUCCACACCCCCAAAAACCCAAAACUCACCACUAUCGUCAACUGCCAAAACCCAAACGAACAACACCAAAACCAACCAAUUCCCAGAAGACACAAUGCAAAAUCAACAUCAUUUCUCAUUCACCACCUUACACAAAAAAACACCAACACUAAUCCUUCACCAACCUCACUACAAGACCCAACACCCCACGAAGAAAAAAUCAAACUUUUAGAACUUUCCUUAGUAAGAAAAAGAACCCCACAAUUUCCAGGUUCAAUUUACGCUCAAUCUCCAAGUGACCCUGAUGUGGGUUCUUCUCUUCCUCCUCUGAGUACCCUUUUUCGGCGUGAUGAAGAAGAAGAGGAAAUGAUUAUGCAAGCUAUUGAAAUUCGUAGGAAGGUUACUGAAGAGGUUUUUAAAGAAGCAAUGCGGAAGGGUAAAUUUGGAAUUACUUAUACUGGUAAUUUGGUUGAUAGGUUGGGUGAUUUUAUUGAUUAUGUUAUGAUUGAAGCUGCUAAUUUGAAAAGAUUGCCGGAAUAUUCAAAUUCGACUUUUAAUUUAAGGGCUAAAACUGUUAUUGAAGAUUCUCAAGUUGUGCCACUUAUCAGAUGGUUGAAGCAUAAUUCUCUAUCGUAUCCUCAGAUAGCUAAGCUCAUUUUGAUGUCAAGAGGGAAGCUUGAGUCUAUAAGGAACCGUGUUGAGUGGUUGAAGUCGGUGCUCGUUAAGGGAGAGUUUAUUGGGGAUGCAAUGUUAAAGAGUGGAGAUAAUGUUUUGCUGCGGAGUGACGGGGAGUUGGAUGAGAUUGUUGAUUAUUUAGAGUUUAAUGGAGUCAGGAGGGAAUGGAUGGGUUAUGUUGUGAGUCGGUGUCCGAAGUUGUUAUCUUAUAGCUUGGAAGAGGUGAAAACUCGUGUGCAGUUCUAUCUGGAUAUGGGUUUAGAUGCGAAGGAUUUUGGCACCAUGGUUUUUGAUUUUCCUAAAGCUCUCGGUCACUAUACUUUGGAAGAAAUGAACCGAAAGGUUGAUUACUUGAAAGAAUUCGGGCUUGAAAGUAAAGAUGUUGGUAAGCUGCUUGCAUUUCGGCCACAAUUGAUGGCGUGCAGCAUUGAAGAACAAUGGAAACCCCUUGUUAAAUAUCUGUACUAUUAUGGGAUUACCCGAGAUGGGAUGAGGAGAAUGCUUACAAUUAAACCAAUGGUCUUUUGUGUUGACUUGGAGAUGACUAUUGUGCCAAAGGUAAAGUUUUUUCAGGACCUAGGGGUUCGAAAUGACGGGAUUGCCAAGAUGCUUGUAAAAUUUCCCACUCUACUCACUUACAGCCUUUACAAGAAGAUUAGGCCUGUGGUCAUAUUCUUGAUGACCAAGGCUGGAGUCACUGAAGAAAAUAUUCCAAAGGUUAUAGCUCUUGGACCUGAGCUCUUGGGAUGCAGCAUAGUACAUAAGCUUGAAGGAAAUGUAAAGUAUUAUUUGUCUCUCGGCAUACGUCUUCAGCAACUGGGUGAAAUGAUUGCUGAUUUCCCAAUGCUGCUCAGAUACAAUAUAGACGUUCUUCGUCCUAAGUAUACUUAUUUGCGCAAAACCAUGGUUCGAACUUUGAAAGAUGCCAUUGAGUUUCCGAGGUUUUUCAGCUAUUCCCUCGAGGGUCGAAUUAUUCCAAGACACAAGGUUCUGGUGGAGAAUCAGAUUAAUGUCAAGCUAAAAUGCAUGUUAGCUUGCACAGAUGAAGAAUUUAACAACAUGGUCAAGAAUAUGAUUAGAAAACGCCAUAAACUUCAAUCUACUGUCAUGAAAGAGGAUACUAAGCAUCCCCAAUCUACAGCCCAGACGUAAAAAGAAAAACCGAUGGCUCUGUGGAAAACAGAACGUGAUUGACUUUUCAAGAAGUAAAACAGCAUAUUAAUCUUACUGUAUUAACUUCAUUGGUCAGACAAGUAAUUGUCAUGAAAUCAUAACUGUUCUUCUCUAAGGCGGGUGUUAAAUGACUUUGUAACAGCUGAUUUAGUGCAGCAGAAACAACUCCGGUAGAGGAAAAGGAGAUCCUCUGUCCUAUUAAACAAAAAUGAAACUUGCAAUUUAUCAUCCGCUGGGUCACUUGUGAAGAUACAAUUGCUAAAGAGUGUGCUUGGAAACAUGCCACUGUGGAGUGUGCCAAUGAAUAGAAUUGCGGAGACCUGACCCGUGUACUUCUUGCACUGUCUAAGAUGGUUUAAGGAAUUGUGGAAGACUUGACUCUUGGGCUAUUCAGUAAUCUCUGUCCGGCAUAUCAUCGCGGUUAACAUUCUUGUUUGAGCCAUCUAUACCGGCUGAGCAUAAAAUUCAAACUAUCUCCUGAAAGAUCAACACUCAAAUUUAUAUAUCUUGAUCAGCAUUUCUGUGAACAGCAAUAUGUUACAAGCUCUUCAAGCACGCAAAGUUCAUCAUGUUGCUUUCUUUUGGGGGAACAAUGUUCUGUGGUAAUGAAAUUAUUUGAGGAAGACUGCUCCUACAAGUGCAAGAUAUCAUUCUCAACUCUCAAGGCAUCACAAAUCUACGCUGACCUAAGAUAAUUUGCAAGAUAUAUAGAUAGUUUAAUUCUUAAUCAUUUUUAAUCCAUAAAUAACAUGGCUAUCUCUUAUUAAGUUUUUUUAAUCAGUUACGAAUUAUUCCAAUGUAUUUAAUAUAUUUUGGGGCAAAUUACACUCACCUCA